AACAAAAAUGGAACGGAGGGAACUUUCAAUGUUUAUAUCGAGAUUUAAAGCAUAAGAUGGCUAUAAAGCAUUUUGAACUGACAACAAAAAAGAAAUGCAGCUCUUCUGACAUAUUGAAUUGAUUGAUUCAAAAAUUAGACGCCAACAUGCUGUGGAUUUUGCAAUCUGCAUUAUCUCAAUGCUUUAAAUUUCUCCUGGAUUGCAUUUUUUUCAUAAUAGUUGAUUUGUUUGUGAAAUGGUUCCUAGGCGAUUCCAGAUCACCAGAGGAGAAGAAGAAAAUUUGGCUUUUUGAGUCUGCUGCAUUACUUAUAUCCUGUGUUCUCAUCCAGCUAUGUGAUCAUACACCUUAUUUUCUCAUUGGUCUUACCAUAGUGACAUUUGUUUACACCCAAUUACCAUGGCUGCGAUUUAAUCCAGAUUUACGUCACUGGUGGGGCGUUGCUCAGACAAGAUGGGAAGAAUAUCAGCAGCAUACAGACAGUAUGGCUCGCCUUCAAAAACAGCUAAGUAAUGAACCACCAAUGAGAGGCAUGAUGAAUGCAAGACCAAAUAUUCGCCAUGAAGAAAUGAGAAAUAACAGAUUUGGUACAUUUCAACAAAAGAAUGUGAACUUUUCAUUUCCUCAAGGUCAAACUCAAAGCCAGUUUGAUGGAAUUUCAAGUCAAAAUGUUAAUAAGAAAGAUAGUACCACAACUAGCAAAAGCAUGUUGUCUUCACUUUCGAGGAUAAAAUUAUCAAAUGUGUUUAAGAGGCCACAAAAUAAUGUUACACCCAUGAAAAACGAGUUUAGCUUCCUACCUGCCAGUACUACCAAAGUACAGCAUAAUGAUAUUAAUACUGCAAUAGUUACUAAUGAAGAUCAUCCCCCUCCCAAAUCAACAUGGUUUGGAAAACAAUUGACAAGGCGGCCAAUCCGCAAAAUAGAUCGGCCAUAUACACCUAACUAUUCUCCGGACUACAGCAGCUCAUUAAAAAGCAAGUUUAUGUCAACCUUUGGGUUUGCUGGAAAUCACGGUGGUCCACCUGGUUUACGAAAUGAAGGACAGAAUUUAUGUUUUAUGAAUAGUAUUUUACAAUGUAUAGCAAGAACACCAAAUCUGUGUAAACAUUUAAGUUUAGAGACAUCUAAAGAAGCAGAAUGUAGCGUAGCUGAAUCUGUUUUACUCAAUACUUUAGUAGAAAUUUUGAACAGUUGUAUGGCAGAAAUCUCUAGUUCAUCCUUAGAUCCAAUGGCAUUUAGGCAGGCAGCAUCAACACUCAACAGUAGCUUAGUGGCAGCACCUUCACAGCGGCAGGUACAGCAGGACGCAGCAGAAUUUUUCAUGUGGCUUAUGGAUACUGUGCAUACAUUGCUAAAUAAAAAUAGGAGAGGUGGCCAGGUAGCUGUUGAAAAUCCUAGACUGAAUAUGUUGAAAUUUAUAUAUGGACAUCUUAAUCCAGCCAAAAUUCAAGAUCUCAAAAAUGCUUGUCAGGUAGAGAUCAAUGCAGCUAAUGGUUUCCAGAAUGAAACGUAUGCAGAGCCUAUCCAGCGUUUAUCUGACUUAGAGUGGUUGUCCUAUAAACAGGAGAAUGAUUCAGUGAUAGAUAAUCUGUUCACUGGACAAUUAGUAACAGCAUAUCAUAAUCUGAGAGACAACAAAAUCUCCGUCAAUCUUCAGACAUACAAUGUGUUACCUGUAACAAUAGCAGAGCCUCGAGAUGUUUCAGGUCUUGUUGUUCUCCUAGAUUGUUUUUCAAACUUUUGUAAUAUUGAGCAUUUGAGUGGUCAAGAAGAGAUAGAUAAUUCACCAUACAAAACAGUGGAAUCUCCGAUAUCUCAACAAAGUAAUCAAAAUUUACAUCGGACACCUUCGAACCUCAGGGAAAGAAAAUUUACAAGUGUAGAUUCUGCUAUUUCAGUUGGAUCUCCAUAUUCUGUCAUGUCACCUAUCCCUGGAAUGGCAAAUUUAAAUGACAGUGGUUACCAAGACAAUGUGUUCAGAACAUCAACGCCUAUAGGUAAUAAUGUGAAUCCAUCACGUGUCUUGUCCAGAACUUGUAGCAUACAACGAAGAUGUCUUUUGCGACAGUUACCAGAAUGUCUAGUCAUUCAGCUAAUGAGAUUCUCGUACAACCAGUUCACUGGACAGUCCCGAAAACUUUUGUCUCCUGUCAAAAUUCCACUGAAGACAUUAGACUUGACGUCCAUUAUGUUUGACACGGUCACACAUCAAGAAAACUUAUCAGAGGAAGAAAAUUGUUAUAAAUAUGACCUGUAUGGUGUUUGUGUUCACUAUGGAGGAGAGAGUACAAAUUAUGGCCAUUAUGUUAGCUAUGCCUUACAGCCAGACAGUAACAAAUGGUAUAAAUUUGACGAUGAAAUGGUUACAGAGGUCAACAUGGACUAUGAACUAACAACCCAAGAAGUGAUGCGGAACGCAUAUCUGUUGUUUUACAAGAACUGUAAAAGUAAUUGAAAUCUCAUAGCUCAUAUUGUUUUAUAGUUGUUACAUUAUUGUUAUAAUUGUUUUUAAAAGUCAAGUCAAAUUGAAUUAGAGAGGACACAUAUCUUUGUCUACUUGCUCUAUAUAAAGCUGUAGAGGCAAUUAUCAUAACAUAUUUUUUCAGGGGUAUCAAAUUUUUAUAUUAGAAUUUGUUUAAAAAAAGUGACUUUUCAACAAAAAAUUAAAUUUUUUAGAAUUAAAAUUGAUAAAGUGAGUGUUUUUUUUUUACUGAUAAGGAUUUUUUGGUGAAAUGAGUCACUCAUCUUUCAAAGAGCAAUAUUCAUAAAGAAAUCUACAUGUUUUAAAAAAAAAUGUUUUGAAAUUUUAAUAAAUAAUAUUGAACUGACACAUUUUAAAACAUUCAGUGAAGUUUUAGAUUUGAAGGAAAGAAUUCAGUUGAGAUAAAUCAUUUCUUUUAUUUCCAAUUAUUUUAAAAUGUCACUUAAAUUACACAAACUAAUAAAUUUUAAAGCAAUAUAAAGGAAAAAUAAACAAUUUUGUUUGUUUUAUUGAAUACACUAUUAAUUACCUCCUUAAAGUUAAAGGAUGGUACGUAAAUGAUCUCAAUAUGAACAUAUUGUCUUUGUAAGAAACAAAGGAGGUGCAUUAAGGUGGUACCAAACACCUUGACUAAAACUAAUUUGGCUCGUUCAAUUUCCAUUAAAUUUUGACAAAAUAUUUACUUUGACCCUUUGACAAAAAUAUAAUAAUUUUUCAAAAAACUUGAUCCACACACUUCAUCGGAAAAAUUUCAUUGGAUCUAUAGCAGUUUGAAAAACACUAAUUUUGAUCAUGGAGAAGCUUAAUAUUUCCUUAACAAUAGAACGUGAUUAAAACGUUCAGCUGAUUUUUACAGAGUUAUCUCCCUGUAGUGUUAUGUACCACCUUAAAGUCAUUACUUGGUCUAAUAAUUUGGAAUAUUACAAAAUCAGGAUUUUUGCAUAAAAACGAUUGAUAGGUAUUUGCAAAAUUUAAACUGUUUAAGGUCUUUCAUAUAUUGCAAAUAGUCUAUGAGAUUUAAUUUGAAGACAAAAUACAUGUAUGGCAAAUUAAAAAAAAA